AUGUCUGCUAUCGAGGAAAGCCCUAAAGACAACAGCAAGGUCAACGUCACCUUUGAGGAAAAGGUUGGACAUGUGCGGUAUGCGUUUGAAGAUCCCACUCCGCACAGCACUAUUUUUACUCGUGUUAUUGGCAUCGUUGGCGCAAUAGCUGCCUUUCUCUCUGCUGUGUUCGCCCUGGUCUCCUCUAUUACUGAGUUUUCCUUCAUACCUCUGUUGAUGAUGCUCAUUGAGAUCUUCCCGGGAUCAACAUAUGCUAAGAAUGUGAUCGGAGACACUACGUUUUUGGGCCACCUCUUCGGCCGAGGUUGGUUCUAUCUUGUCCUUGGUACUUUCUACGUGUGCAGUGGCCAUAUCGUAUGUACAAUCACCGGUGUAUAUCUGUUGGUUGUCGGUGUGAUCUUCGUAACACUGGGUGCGAUUCGCCAUAGUGAGGAAGGCUGGUCAGCUGAGGAAGAGCUUGAGGUCAAGUCUGAGGUUUAG